AUGACUGUGCCUAUACCCGCAGGAGUCAACGUUGAGACACAACCUAAAAAGUCAAAAAAGGGUAAAAGUAAAAGCAAGGCGGAGGAUACAACGUCUGAAAUCGACGUUAAACAGCAUAAAAAAGACAAGAAGGACAAGAAAAGGAAACGUGAAGAACUAGAAAAAGAGGAGCAACACGACAAUCUUGAAAAGAAGAAAAAAAAGCGUUCGAAUGAUGACGACGACGUGGAAAUGAAGGAGCGUUCAGAGAGAAAAGAAAAGAAAAAGGACAGGAAGGAGAAGAAAAAGAAACAGAAGACAUCAAAGCCAGUCGAGGCCGCUCCAUACCUUCCACAGCCAUCAUCAUCCGAAGGCUGCGAAUUCCUAAAGAAACACAAUGUAUCAAUACACGUUCCAGACGGCGAACCAGAAGUCAUACCCAUUCUAUCAUUCUCCCAGCUUGACAUACCCAAAACCCUACGCUCGUUUUCUGAUCAUUUCAAGGAACCUUCUCCGAUUCAAGCAUGUGCAUGGCCACCGUCCCUGGCCGGAAAAGAUGUCGUCGGCAUCGCAGAAACAGGGAGCGGUAAAACCUUGGCUUUUGGCAUACCAGCUCUUUCACGCCUCGUCUCGUCCCCCCCAACGUCUAGCGGUCGCGGUUCGUCUACGGUAACCACUCUCGUAGUCGCUCCUACAAGAGAAUUAGCAUUACAAACACACGAGACCUUGAACACCCUCGGUGAGCAUAUCGGAAUCGCCAGCGUUGCCGUAUUUGGGGGGGUACCGAAAGAACCACAAAUCAAAAUGUUGAAGAAUCUCAACAAGACUGGGCUAACGACCAGAAUCAUCGUUGGAACUCCGGGCAGGAUAAUAGAUCUCAUGAAUGAGGGUGUCUGUGACCUCAGUGGGGUCAACUUCCUCGUGUUAGAUGAAGCCGAUAGAAUGUUAGACAAAGGUUUUGAGAACGACAUCCGGAAGAUCAUUGCAGCAACGAAACCUUCUAAUGAACGACAAACGUUGAUGUUCAGUGCCACCUGGCCAGAAGCUGUCAGGCGUCUCGCCAGCACUUUUCAGAACAAGCCUGUCAGAGUCACUGUGGGUAGUGAUGACCUUACUGCGAACAGCCGAGUAGAACAAUUAGUCGAAGUCUUGGACGAUAGCCGACAAAAAGACUCUCGUCUCCUCCACCAUCUCCGAAACCUAGGUCAUCACAAGCGACCAGUCAAAGGGUCCUCCGUAGAAUCACGCAUCAUCGUCUUCGCUCUUUACAAAGCGGAAACCGCUCGUGUAGAGCAGAUGCUCAUUCGGGAAGGUUAUCUAACCAGUGCACUCCAUGGAGACAUCAAUCAAAGCCAGCGGCUACAAGCUCUAGAGAAAUUCAAAACAGGAACGAGCGGUAUCCUUGUUGCUACGGAUGUUGCGGCUCGCGGUUUGGAUAUACCCAACGUCAAAGCCGUCAUUAAUUACACUUUCCCGCUGACGAUAGAUGACUAUAUCCACCGGAUUGGUAGAACCGGCCGAGGCGGUAAACACGGAAAAUCCGUAACAUUCUUUACGGGUGAAAACCAGGAGCGGGGUCUCGCAGGAGAGCUUUUGAGAGUCUUGAAAGACAGUGGUUUCGACUGCCCCGGGUUGCAAAAAUUCCCCAUGACUAUCAAGAAGAAGGAACACAGUGCCUACGGAGCAUUCUAUAGAGACGAUGUACCCGUCACUGGACGAAAGAAAAUCGUCUUUUAA